GCGGCAAAAAAUCUCCUCCGGGCGUAAUCUCAUCUUCUCGCAGUGGUCUCGUCGCAAUAGAACCGCCUCUAAGCUCCUCGCGACGUCGCCGGCUGCCUGCUCCGCCCCCUCACUUGCUUUGAUUGAUGGCAAUUGUAGCAACACUGAAAGGCUUCGACCUCUUCUCCAAUCUGCCCACCACUCCGCCGCCGUCUUCUUCCGGUGAUACCCACCGCAAUGCACAACCACCCAUCCCCAUUCCCAAGUAUCCACCUCCUUUAAAAUCCCAAAAUCGAUCCAACAAUCGCCCAAAACCUCUACAGAAACCCAAGAACAAUAGCCCGGGGUUUAAGACCCACCACCACAACUCCAAAUACCACAAGCCGGUUAAGCCAGGGGAAGUCAUCUCAGCGGAUGGGGAUCGCGCCGUCAUCGUCGGCGAGUCUGGCGUGUCAUACCGCCUCCCCGGGGCUCCAUUUGAGUUCCAAUACAGCUAUUCUGAGACGCCCAAGGCUCAGCCCCUUGCAAUUCGGGAACCGGCUUUCUUGCCCUUCGCGCCGCCCACAAUGCCUAGGCCCUGGACCGGGAAAGCUCCGCUGAAGAAAUCAAAGAGAAAGAUUAAGCUUUUUGAGCCGUUAGAUUCUGCAGCUAAACUUGAUGGAAAUGAUACCAAGCAAUAUCAAUACGAAAUGUUGAAGGCUUAUGAGCUUGGGAAGUUUCAUGUGAGGCCGCGGAAAGAUGUGCUUGGGCCGCCAUUAACAAGAGCCGAAAUUCAAGAGCUUUUGAAACCUGCAAUCUCUUGUAAUCGACAGGUUAAUCUGGGUCGGGAUGGAUUAACACAUAACAUGUUGGAGUUAAUACAUACCCACUGGAGAAGACAACCUGUUUGCAAAGUUCGGUGUUUAGGCGUUCCAACUGUUGAUAUGAACAACCUAUGCCGCUGUAUUGAGGAAAAGACUGGCGGAAAGAUCAUUUCUCGAGCUGGUGGCGUAGUUUAUGUUUUUCGAGGUAGGAACUAUGAUCAUCAUUUGCGUCCACAGCUUCCAGUGAUGCUAUGGAAGCCAGCUACACCAGUUUAUCCAAAGCUUAUACAGGAAGCUCCAGAAGGGUUAACCAAAGAAGAAGCUGAUGAAUUUCGAGAAAAAGGGAAAAAGUUGCUCCCUAUAUGUAAACUAGCAAAAAAUGGAGUCUACAUUAACCUCGUGAAGGAAGUAAGGAAUGCUUUUGAAGGAUGUCCAUUGGUGAAGAUUGAUUGCAAAGGGAUGCAUGCGAGUGACUAUAAGAAGCUAGGAGCCAAGCUGAAGGAAUUGGUUCCCUGUGUGCUUUUAUCUUUUGAUGAUGAACAAGUACUGAUGUGGAGGGGAAAAGAUUGGCAACCUAGAUUCAAAGAUGUUUCUCGGGCUUUCAGAUCUGCUGUUGGGGUUACAGAUGAUACUAACCAUCUAGGAUCUUCAGGAAGUAGCAAUGAAGUUCAGAAACAAGAUACCGGGAUUCAGAGCUUGAGCCCGAGAAUGAUGUCCCUCUGGCAGCGAGCAGUUGAUUCAGGCACCGCGAUGCUGUUGGGUGAGAUUAACCUUGGACCUGAUGAUCUUCUGAAGAAGGUAGAGGAGUUUGAAAGCACUUCACAGGCCACACAACACUCAUACCCUGCACUGGUUUUGUCAAGCAAGGAUACUCGCGAAACCAAAUAUGAAGACGAUGAAAGCGAAGAUGAUGAGUACGAGGAGGACGAUGAUUUUGAUGACGAAGAUCUUAUCAGUGAAUCACCUUUGCCCUGGGGGUCUUUGCCCAUAGAUUCAAUGGUAAAGCAAUUUAGUGAUGAAGAGUAGAGUUAAUAUUAUAGUAAAGCAAGCCAUCAUGAUCUGUUCAGCUAUAAUCCAGUUUCAGUUGUAGUGUACAGUCAACUUUUCUUUGUUGCUGAAAAAUGGAAGUUUUAACAUACAAGUUCUCUAUUCAUCAACAAACGAUUAAAGGUUAAA